AUGAAUGCUGAUGUAAGCUCUGUACAAUUGACUGAAAUAAGUCCUCCACUCACUGCCUAAACAUCUAGAAAAGAUGCUUUCAAUAAUCCUAUUUUAAAGGGAAAUAAUUCUCACAAAAUUAUUUUUAGAGAUUAAGCAAAUAAUGGCCCAUUAUUCGAAAUUCACAUUGUUGAAAAUUUCAAAGAAUAUAAUUUGGAAGAGACACAAACUAACAAAAAAACUCAAAUUUGCAAUUGUGCAAUUAUUUGA